AACUAGCAGAUAUAAUUAUACAAAAUAAAAUUUGUUAAUAGUAAUUUUGAUAAAACUCUCCUCUCUAUGCAUAUGUAUGCGUUUAAAUAAUAAUAAAGUGAUAUUUUUUACUUUACUUUUUUUUCACACUUUAUAGAUAUAACCAAUAAAAUACGAAUUCAAAUAAGUAAUAUAAAUAUAAGUUAUUAAAAACAUGGUAGUAAAAGCAGCAGGAUUUGUUGUUUUCCGACGACUAUCUGACACAAUUCAAUAUCUACUACUACAAGCUUCUUACGCAAAUUUUCAUUGGAGUCCACCAAAGGGCCAUAUAGAACGCAACGAAAAUGAAUUUGAUUCGGCACUUCGAGAAACAUUAGAGGAAACAGGUCUUUGCGAAAGCGAUAUUAAAAUAUUUAAAGAUUGUACCAAAACUUUAUCAUAUGAAGCCAAUGGUAAACCAAAGAUUGUUAUUUAUUGGCUAGCAGAAAUGAUUGCAAAGGACAAGGGUAUAAUAUUAUCUGAAGAACAUCAAGCAUAUAAGUGGCUGGAACUGCGAGAUGCUCUUGCAUUAGCUGAGUACCAAAGCACGAAGGAGUUACUUGAAUAUUGUGAUAAUUUUAUUCAUAAAGAAAUCCUUAAUAAUUAA